CCAAACUAAAGCUAGCUUAAGCAAGCACAGAAUACAAUGGAGCUCGGUAGCAUUUUACUACUCGUCCUUUGCCUUCUCUUUGCUUCAUCAGCCAUGUCGACCUUGGCCAAUCCUAAAGCUCACCACCAUGAUUUUGUUAUCCAAGCAACAAAAGUGAAGAGGCUGUGCAAGACGCACAACAGCAUCACAGUGAACGGACAGUACCCUGGACCAACUUUGGAAGUAAACAAUGGCGAUACUCUCGUUGUCAAAGUUACGAACAAAGCUCGAUACAACGUCACCAUUCACUGGCAUGGGAUUAGGCAAAUGAGAACUGGAUGGGCGGAUGGUCCGGAAUUUGUAACACAAUGCCCAAUUAGGCCAGGAGGGAGCUACACCUAUCGUUUCACAGUCCAGGGCCAAGAAGGCACUCUAUGGUGGCACGCUCAUAGCUCAUGGCUUAGAGCCACCGUGUACGGUGCACUUAUCAUUCAUCCAAAACAAGGAGACUCCUAUCCAUUCCCUAAACCAAAUCGUCAAUCAACACUUCUUCUCGGUGAGUGGUGGGACGCUAACCCUAUUGAUGUCGUGAGGACGGCAACUCGCACGGGAGCAGCUCCAAAUGUUUCUGAUGCAUACACCAUUAACGGUCAACCUGGUGAUCUAUACAAUUGCUCCAGCAAAGGCACUGUCGUAGUUCCAAUAGACUCUGGUGAGACCAACCUUUUGAGAGUGAUAAACGCGGCCCUCAACCAACCUCUAUUCUUCUCAAUCGCUAACCACAAGCUGACUGUAGUAGGUGCUGAUGCCUCCUACACCAAGCGUUUCACCACCAAAGUUCUAAUGCUAGGACCGGGCCAGACCACCGAUGUUUUAAUCUCCGGUGACCAGCCACCAUCUCGAUACUACAUGGCAGCACGUGCCUAUUUCAGUGCACAGAAUGCUCCAUUUGACAACACCACCACCACAGCCAUUCUUGAGUACAAAUCCGUCCGGUGCAACACUAGUAGUUGCAAAAAGGGUAAAACAGCAAUUAAACCCAUAAUGCCAAUGCUGCCAGCUUUCAAUGACACAAACACUGCGUCGGCCUUCACUAAGAGCUUCAGAAGCCCUAGAAAAGUAGAAGUCCCUACUGAAAUUGACGAGAACCUCUUCUUCACAAUAGGACUCGGACUCAACAAAUGCCCUAAGCACUUUCGAUCUAGAAGGUGCCAAGGCCCCAAUGGAACACGCUUCACUGCUAGCAUGAACAAUGUCUCAUUUGUACUUCCAAACAACAUGUCAAUUCUCCAAGCUUACCAGCAAAACAUUCCUGGAGUCUACACUAGUGAUUUUCCUGCUAACCCGCCAAGGAAAUUUGAUUAUACUGGGAAUGUGAGCCGCUCGCUGUGGCAACCCAGCUCUGGAACAAAGGGAUACAAGUUGAAGUAUGGGUCUAGAGUGCAAGUGGUGUUACAAGACACGAGUAUUGUCACACCUGAAAACCAUCCAAUUCAUCUUCACGGAUACGAUUUCUACAUCCUUGCAGAGGGUUUUGGAAACUUCAACGCCAAAAAGGAUACAAACAAGUUUAAUCUUGUUGAUCCGCCUCUGAGGAACACUGUCUCGGUUCCCGUAAAUGGUUGGGCAGUCAUCAGAUUUGUAGCUGACAAUCCAGGUGCUUGGUUGAUGCAUUGUCACUUGGAUGUCCAUAUAAGCUGGGGUUUGGGCAUGGUUUUCUUGGUGGACAAUGGAGUUGGGGAGCUGCAGACAAUUGAGCCUCCUCCUGCAGAUUUGCCGCGGUGUUAGUAAGAUGAUUAUCAUCAAUUGAAGGGAUCAGUCAAGGUUUCAAUGUUUUUAUAUCCCCCUAAAUUCAGGGUGUAUUUUGAACCUUUGCUUCAAUGUUCUUUUUUGAUACUUGUUGUUUUUUGAAGAUGUUUAUUUUUCCAGAAUAGCGUACUAUAGUUUUAGUCGCUCAUGCUUUUUUAUCCCCUAAAUUCAGGCAGUGAUAACGAACAUCAGAGCUA